CUCCUCACUCCUCACAUUCCUCAAACCAGCAAGUGUAGAUCAUACGGCUCAAAAUGUCAAUCGUCAACAAGUCUGCUCUCCUCUUCCUCGUCGCCUUGGUAGUGCUUGGCCUUAUCAGUCAGAGUGCUGAUGCUGUCACGAUCCCUGCCUGGUGCACCUGCAGCAACGACAGCACCAAGACCCAGGGUUCCUGCAACUACGCCGGGGCUAACUGGGAUGGCGGCUCUUGCGGCCUUGACUCUCUGUCCAAGUAUAAUGUAUUCUUGCAGGUCUGUGCUACUACUCUUCACGGCCAGUACAGGUGCUGGCACUAGGUCACACAAAAUGACGGGAGAUCAUCCGCGUCCUCAAUCGAUCCGUUUAUUGAUUGAUUGAUUGAUACUCGGACAUACCCGCCCUCCACAUUUAACGAUGCGAUGACAUCUGUCCGUCUACCAUCAGAAUAAAGCCCAACAUUCACUUCAUUCGCGAGCGCUGCAUUCGAAGGAACAACGUCCC